CUUUACUUACGUAGAGCGCAUAUGAAAACGCGCGAUGCUAAGAAUGGCCGCUGCGGUUUGGAUUUUGGAGCCACAGUUGAGCAGUGGGCUCGCGCUGCUCGCCCGGUCGCUGCAUGCAGAUUACGGCCAUUGCGACUGGAGCACCCCAAGCAUGGCCAGGCGGGCCGGUUGGAAGGAAUCGGGCGGGCCCUCCAGCUGUCAACCGCCGACUAGUGCUGGCCAUCGGGCGGCCAGGCCGGAUUGGCCCAGCGGCCCCCGCCCGCCUUUCCCAACCGGUUUUAUAUCAGCCCUCGUCCAACCUUUCCACUCAAUUUGACCUUGGCCAUUAAGGCCGACGCUGUCAAGGGAUCGUUUGGGAUCGGGGCAAUCAGCACCGGCUCACGACGAAACCAUGCAUGCACGCAAGAUGGGUGCCCUCGCGGUGCUCGCCGUCGCUUGCCUCGCGGCAGUGGCAUCGGUUGCGCAUGCGGCCGACACCAAAAAGCCCAACUUCGUGGUGAUAUUCACCGAUGACCAGGACGCCAUUCAGAACAGCACCCACCCGCACUACAUGCCCAGCCUGCACAAGUACAUCCGCUACCCGGGAGUGGAGCUGUCUCAGUACUUCGUCACCACCCCCGUGUGCUGCCCCUCGCGGACAAACCUGUGGCGCGGCCAGUUCGCCCACAACACCAACUUCACCAGCGUGCUGCCUCCCUACGGUGGCUGGGCCAAGUGGAAGGGCCUGGGCAUCGACCAGUCCUACCUGCCGCUGUGGCUCAAGGACCAAGGCUAUAACACCUACUACGUGGGCAAGUUCCUUGUGGACUACUCCGUCAGCAACUACCAGCAGGUGCCCGCGGGCUGGGACGAUAUCGAUGCCCUGGUCACCCCCUACACCUUUGACUACAACACCCCCGGCUUCAGCCGCAACGGCGCGACCCCCAACAUCUACCCCGGCGAGUACAGCACUGACGUCAUUCGCGACAAGGGCGUUGCUCAGAUCAAGUCGGCCGUGGCUGCCGGAAAGCCCUUUUACGCGCAGAUCUCGCCCAUCGCGCCGCACACCUCCACCCAGAUUUCCACCAACCCCGCCACCGGAGUGACGAGGUCCUACUUCUUCCCGCCCAUCCCCGCCCCCCGCCACUGGCAGCUGUUCUCCGACGCCAACCUGCCCGGCGGCACGCCCAACAAGAACCUUUACGAGGUGGACGUGAGCGACAAGCCCGCCUGGAUCCGCGCCCUGCCGCUGGCCCAGCAGAACAACCGCACCUACCUGGAGGAGAUCUACCGCCUGCGCCUGAGGUCGCUGGCGGCCGUGGACGAGCUGAUUGAGCAAGUCGUCAAGACCCUGGAUGAGGCGGGUGUGCUUGACAACACCUACAUCAUCUACAGCGCUGACAAUGGCUACCACGUGGGUGCCCACCGCUUCGGCGCGGGCAAGACCACGGGCUAUGAGGAGGACCUGCGUGUGCCCUUCCUCAUCCGCGGCCCAGGCAUCAAGGCCAGCAAGUCCGACAAGCCGCAGAACAGCAAGGUUGGCCUGCACGUGGACUUUGCGCCCACCAUUCUGAGCCUGGCCGGCGCCUCGCACCUGCUCGGGGACAAGGGGCUGGACGGCACCCCGCUGGGCCUGUACGCCAACGACGACGGCACUCUUCGCUCCGACUACCCUCGUCCGGAGCAGCACCGCCAGCAGUUCCAGGGCGAGUUCUGGGGCGGCUGGAGUGAUGAGCUGCUGCAGAACCUCAGGUCCCAGCCCAACAACACUUGGAAGGUGGUGCGCACGUAUGACGAGAGCAGCAAGCAGGGAUGGAAGCUCAUCGCGCAGUGCACCAACGAGCGCGAGCUGUACGACCUGCGCAAGGACCCCGGUGAGCUGUACAACAUCUACGACAAGGCCAAGCCCGCCGUGCGCAGCCGCCUGGAGGGGCUGCUGGCGGUGCUGGCCGUGUGCAAGGGGGAGAGCUGCUCCAACCCGUGGAAGAUCCUGCACCCCGACGGCACCGUCAAGAACUUCACCCAGGCACUCAACUCCAAGUACGACCGCAUCUACAACGCCAUCCGCCCCUUCACCUACAAGAGGUGCCUGCCGUACCUGGAUUGGGACAACGAGGACAGUCAGUUCAAGACGCAGAUCCGCGGCGCCAACCCCGCAGCCGGCGUGGGCCACCACCGCCUGCUCACCGCCGCCAGCGAGCGCGCCAUCGCCACCCGCCGCCGCGCCCAGGCCGCCGUCAGUGCCGAGCUGGCGGAGCGGCCGGCUGUGUUCCAGGCAAAGGUCGAGGAGAAGUCGGUGCCGGUGCCCCAGGACAUCCUGAAGGCCGACGUGGAGAAGUGGUUCGCCUUCAACAAUGCCGAGUACUACCUGGCAUAAUAUUAAACACAAAAGCGAUCAAAUGCAAGCGCGCAUGGACAUAGCGCAUCGACCAAGCGCCACCAUCGCUUGGGUUUCUAUGAUACGGUUGGGUUACGUAUAAUAUAUGGGUUUUGGACGUGGCCGCUUGGUCAGUAAGUGGUCCACGUGGUACUGCCGCGUGCGUGAUUCCCCCCGAAUGUAUAUUACGUUUCGAUGUAAAUGGGUGUUUCCACGGAAGUUACAGGCAAAGGUGCGUACAUAACCCGGGAUGCGAUGAAGGUGCUCUGCCGUCGUGAUCACGAGUGGGAGUGAUGGAAGAUACCGGCAUGCAUCUGCGUGGCGGACAGGCAAUGUGGCAGGGGCAUGGUUUGGACUGCGGAGCCAAAUGUUUAGGCUGCUUGCAGAGAGUGUGUUACGGCGUUGGCCAACACCCCAAGGCGCAGCGUGCGCAGCUGGUAAUCCAGGUCGGUGCUCUUGACGCGCUUUGGGUCGAUAAGUGUGCAGCGGCCUUGACGCCGUGCUGUGAAGAUUCAGCAAUCUGAUUAUGCCCUGUGUAAUACAGCGCACCGACCGGUCCCCGUGCUCCUUGCGUCCGGAGAGGUGAGGAGUCCGCGCGCGACCUCGCAAUUUGACAGGGCUUUGGCCCAGCUAUUGAUUUUACACGGUCCCCCUAC